AUGUUCUCCAAAUAUUUUGCUGUACAAACAACACAUAUCGUACAAUCAUUUUUAAAUUUGAGUAUUCGUCUAAAUUUGCUUAUUCAACAAUACAUAACCAGAAUACAUCUUCCUCCUGGUGAUGUUGAUAGACGAUUUGUUCUUCAGUCAUCUGUGCAAACAAUAAAAUUAGACGAUAAUGAAUUAGAACAUCUGUUUUCGUACUCUGCUUUGAAUGGCAUACGUCUUGUCUAUCCUUGUCUCAAAUCAAUAAUUUUAACAAAUAUACCGCCCCGUGAUGCAAAAUAUAUCGAAUAUUUCAGUUGGUUUCGACCAUUUUUAUUAUUGUUAAAAAUGAAUUUUUUGAUAACGGGCGGAAAUGCUUUUAAUCAUCAUCUGUUAAAUAGAAUCUUUGAAAACAAUGAUGAUUGUAAAAUUGAAACAGUUUCAGUUAAAUAUUCAAUAUUAUCCAUACAAGAAUUAGAACAUGAACAUCCAUGUUCGUCAAUAAAAAGUUCAACAUUGAAUGUGAAAUCUUAUUACCAUUUAUUAUCAUUAUUUGAAUAUUUACCUGCUCUUGAACUUUGUGAUGUUCGAAUAUCUAACGAUGUAGACGAUAGCAAAGGAAGAAGCACUAUCACUGAAGUGCGAUUGAAACAAUUUUUCUGUACUAUUUUAAGUUGUUUUCAUAAUUAUGACCAUUUAGAAGAACUGAUUGUUAGAAAUUUUUCAUCUUCUCUUGAACAUUUACCAAUUUAUUUAAAAACAAGUUAUAUAAUCAAUGGAGAGAUUUUAGAAUCAAAACUGAUCAGAAAUUUAUUAAAUUUACAGCAAUUUCAAUUUUAUAUCACGUGUUUAACGAAUGAAAAUGAUAUUGAUAUGUUAAUUAGAACACAUCAAAGUGAUUAUUGGCUUCAAAAUUAUCCAGACGGUAUCAUGUUUUAUUAUCUAUUAGAUACAAAUUAUUGUGCAUCAUUUUCAUUACCAUAUGCAUUUGAUCAUUUUGAAUAUAUAUCGAAUAAUAUUUGUAAUUAUAGAUUAACCCGUUGA